ACACCGACGAGGAGCAGCAGCAGAGAGCAGAGCUGAGAGGAAGACAGUCCACAGCACCGCAGAAUCCCACCGAGAAACAUCCACACAAUCAUUCCACAUCAUGGAUCGGGAGCAAACCAUCAACUUUGGAGCGGGACCAGCAAAACUCCCGCAAACCGUGCUGUUUCAAGCACAGAAGGAGCUGCUCAACUACAGUGGCUCUGGAAUUAGUGUUCUUGAGAUGAGCCACCGAUCAUCAGACUUCAACAAAAUCAUCAACAAAACAGAGAAUCUCCUGCGAGAGUUGUUAAAUAUCCCAGACAACUACAAAGUCAUGUUCCUGCAGGGCGGCGGGUCUGGACAGUUCAGCGGUGUUCCUCUCAACCUGAUCGGCCUGAAAGAGGACCGGUGUGCCGAUUACAUAGUGACCGGAACGUGGUCAGCGAAAGCGGCGAAAGAAGCAGAGAAAUACGGAAAAGUCAACGUCGUCCAUCCAAAGUUGGAUAGUUACACAAAAAUCCCCGACCCCAGCAGCUGGACCCUGAACCCAUCGGCCUCCUACGUGUACUACUGCUGCAACGAGACCGUGCACGGCGUGGAAUACAACUUCACACCUGAAACCAACGGGGUGGUCCUCGUCAGCGACAUGUCGUCCAACUUCCUGUCCCGACCUGUGGACGUGUCGAAGUUUGGUCUAAUCUUCGCGGGUGCUCAGAAGAACGUGGGUUGCGCCGGCGUCACUGUGGUCAUCGUGAGAGAAGACUUGUUGGGUCACGCUCUGAAGGAGUGUCCCAUCGUCCUGGACUACAAGGUUCAGGCUGAGAUGAACUCUCUCUACAACACGCCGCCGUGCUUCAGCAUCUAUAUCAUGGGUCUGGUUCUGGAGUGGAUUAAGAAUAAUGGCGGCAGCGCCGCCAUGGAGACGCUCAACAAGCAGAAGUCCGCCAUGAUUUAUGACAUCAUCAGCGCUUCUAACGGUUUCUAUGCGUGUCCUGUAGAGACGGCUUGUCGAAGCCGCAUGAACGUACCGUUUCGUGUGGGGAAGAAAGAAGGAGAUGAUGCUUUGGAAAAGGAAUUUCUGGAAGGAGCAUCCAAACGUGGAAUGAUAUCACUGAAAGGACACAGGUCAGUUGGAGGAAUCCGUGCCUCCCUGUACAACGCUGUAACAGUAGAGGACACUGCAGCCCUCGCUGGCUACAUGAGGGAAUUCCUCAAAGAGCACCAAUAAAACCGACUGCUGCUGCUACGAGUUGAUUCAUGUCACACGGUGGCAUUUUGCUACUUUAGUUUUUAAAAAUCCUCUUGUUUACUUCUCGUUGAGAUCCAUGUUGGAUGUGGAAGGUGUCCUUUUAGACACCUGUUUUGUAACGCCAACCCUUAGUUUCCUAAAAAGCCUAAACUGCUGUUCCAAGUAAAGAUUUAAUGAUAUCAGUGUAUCAUAGAAUUACUAUUUAAGUGAAUUUGUUGACUAACAGUGCUUUGAUGUACAUAUGCUGUAGGUAAUUCUUGUUCAAAAUGUGUUUACAUUCCAGUAAAUCUUACUGACGCACAAAAACAUA